GUCGAUAACAACAAUAGCGUGGUCGGGAUUUAUGGGAUGGGCGGGGUCGGCAAAUCCACCCUAUUGGCUGAUGCCGAAAGGAGAAUAAGGAAAGAGAAGUCAUUUGAUUGGGUUGCUAAGGCCGACGUGUCGGAAAAUCAAGAUGUAAAGAGGAUUCAAGGAGAGAUUGCGCAUGCGUUGGACCUGGACAUAAAGGAUGUAGAGUACGUCAAUUCGCGAGCAGAGCGUCUGCGGACGAGGCUGGAAGAUGAGAAGAGGGCAAAAAAGAAGGUCCUCAUAAUACUGGACAACUUGUGGAAGGGGCUUGACUUAAAAUCAGUGGGCAUUCCUUGCAGACAUGACAACAAAGUCAUAGGAUGCAAGUUAUUAUUGACGUCAAGAUUUCAAGAUGUUUUGCGAAGGGAAAUGGGCUGCGACAGGGACUUCCGCCUUGAAGAGCUGAAGGACGAAGAGGCAAAAAGAUUGUUUGAGGGGACGGUGGGAGACAAAGUUCAUGAUGACCCGUUCAAAUCCUUGGUGGAUGAAGCACUCCACAAAUGUGCAGGUUUGCCUUUCCUCAUUAUUGCAAUGGCGAAUAUUUUUAAAGACGCUGAUUUUUAUGAAUGGAAGGAUGUUUUGAGACAAAUUGAGAAGUCUACAAACAAAGGAAUUAGUGAGAGCAUAAAUAAGAUGUUGCAGUUGAGUUAUGACCGUUUCAAGGGGGAGGAGAGCGAGGAGGUGAAGUCACUGUUACGACUUUGUGUUGUUUAUGGUGUCUCUAAGCCCUCUCUUGAAAACUUAGUGAGGUACAGUGCGGGUUCAAGGUUAUUUCGAGAAGACAGCAGCAUGGAAGAAGUUAGAAAUAGGUUGCGUUCACUGAUCCGAACCUUGAAAGCCUCCUCCCUUUUGUUAGUAGAUGAUGAAGAUGUUGAUGGUUUCAAGAUACAUGAUUUGGUUCGUGGAUUUGUUGCCUCGGUCACUUCAAGAGAUGACCCUCUUUUCGUGUUGAAAGAUAAUGAUAAGUCACUGACAGAGUUGCUGAGGGACAAACUCAAAAGUUGUACGGCGGUAUGCUUUCCCUAUGUUGACAUGAAGGAGCUUCCUGAAGAGUUAGAUUUCCCCGAAAUGCGGAUCUUUUUGUUGUUCACAAACAAUGAAUCUCUUAAGGUCCCAGAUUCAUAUUUCAACUCUAUGAGAAAGCUCAUGGUCUUACAUCUUUCUCAGGUGUCUGUCACUCAUUCACCUUCGCCAUUUCAAUUCUUGGAGAACUUACACACUCUGUGUCUUGAUGGUUGUUCAUUAGAGAAUGUAGCCAUGAUUGGCAAGCUAAAAGGGCUACAUAUUCUCAGCUUUGCGAACUCCAAAAUUCAACAAUUGCCAAAAGAAAUUGGACAAUUGGUAGAUCUGAGGUUGUUAGACUUGAACCAUUGCUCACGACUUAAGACAAUUGAACCCGGUGUGCUUGGAAGUUUGAUGAAAUUGGAGGAGUUGUAUAUGGAGAAUAGCUUUAACCAAUGGAAUGCCGUGGAGCAAAAUCCACCAACUAAUGCCGGGCUUAUUGAGUUGAAUAACAUGAAGAAUCUAUGCACUCUGCACGCGUCCAUUCGUGAUCCAAGUGUGCUCCCAGAGGAUCUAAACGUCAAGAAAUUAACCACGUACAAAAUCCAUAUAGGUGGUAUGAGGCGCUGGCAAAGUCAUAGAGGAUCAAGCACAUUGGAGCUUGAGUUGCAUCCAACAAGUGAUAUUCUUCAGAAAGGAUGCAUACAAACUUUAUUAGGCAAAACUGACGAUCUAUUUUUAGAUGGAUCAAAUGGAAUUGAGCAAAGUAUUUGUACAUUAUCCCAAGAAGGCUUUCCAAAAUUAAAGCAUCUACACGUGAAGAACAAUCCCUCUGUCCAUUACGUCCUCCAAUCGCCUUCCCACAUAGAUUUUAAGACGUUGGAGUUGUUAAUUCUUGAUAAUCUCGUCAACUUGGAGCAGAUAUGCAACAACCAUAUCUCCUCCAACUCUUUCAAUGCAUUAAAAGAAGUACGAGUCGAAAGUUGUGAUAAGAUGGAAAUUUUGUUUCCUCUUUCAUUAUUGAGAGAACUUCCACACCUUGAAGAGAUCCGAGUUGCCAUGUGCCAAUUAAUGCGGGAGAUUGUAGCAGUUGAUGAUUGUCACAAAGUUGAGUUGCAAAAUAUGCAUGUUUUGGAAUUGCGUGACUUGCCAAAUAUGAAGAACUUUUUCACCACCACGACAGCUCCUUCAAGUAGUACAUCAAAUGACCAAGUUGUCGCUCAAGUUGCAUUCUUCAAUGGGCUACAGGUUUCCAUCCCAUCCUUGGAGUCCUUGAAAAUGGUUGGACUUCCCAAUCUGGAAAAUAUAUGGACCGAUGAAUCUCCAUCAGGGCUGAGCAAUCUCCAAUUUCUUGAGGUGUCUUCGUGCAAAUCUCUCUCAAAAGUUAUCAACUCUAGGUCACUAGUAAAACUACGCAAGUUACACACUCUAACGGUAGAAGUUUGCAUUUCAGUGCAAGAAAUUUUUGACCUUGAUGGAGUAGGCACCAAUGAAAAUAUUGAGACUCUCUCCGAGUUAAACACCAUUUAUAUAAAGGGAUUACCAGGCUUGAGGCGUAUAUGGAGCAAGAAUCCUUGUGGAAUUGUGAGAUUCCAUAAUUUGAAGAAAUUAUGGGUGGAUGGUUGUAACAAUCUCAGGUUUCUGUUUUCCCCAUCCAUGGUUCAAUCUCUUGCACAAUUGAGAGAACUAGAGGUAUGGUAUUGCAAGAAGAUGGAGGCUAUCAUUAUGGAGGAAGAAGGGUCGAGAAUAGAAAUAUCAGAAAAUCUAGUAUUUCCGAUGUUAACCAAGUUACUAUUUGUUCGUCUAGAAAGUUUGACGUGCUUCUCUCGUAGAAAGUAUAUAUCAAAAGCUCGAGGAGAGGACAUCAUCAACUCGCGCUCUACUGUCCUCUUCAAUCAAGAGGUUGCAUUUCCUAGCUUGGAGACAUUAGAAAUUCGUUGCUUGGAUAAUAUUGAGAUAAUAUGGGACAAUCGAGUUGCUGGGGAGUCUUUCCACAAACUAAAAUCGCUCAAUGUUUGUGGAUGUGAUAAGAUAGUGAACAUUGUUCCUUCUUGCAUUCUUGGAUGGCUCAGGAGCCUGGAAAGUUUGUUGGUAAGAUCAUGUGGUUCGCUGGAAGUUGUUUUCAAACUUCAAUCACUGAAUCCUCUAGGUGGACAUCUUGUUGCUCCUUUUCCGUUAAAAAAUCUAGGGUUAUAUGAAUUACUAGAGCUAAAGUGUGUAUGGGAUGAGGAACUCCACAAUCAAGUCAAAUUCCACUAUCUCCGUUCUGUUACCAUUUCUGGAUGCAAGAGCCUCACCUUUCUAUUUCCUGCGUUAGUAGCAAUACAUCUAACCCAACUUGAGGAGUUGGAGAUCUAUGAAUGUGGCAUUGUGGAACUCAUCAAGAAGGAAGUACAUGUUCCUAGGGAUGUGUUCCCAAGGUUAACCUCCCUCAAGCUUGAGCAUCUUGCAGAACUAAAGUGCAUCUACACCAAAAUACGUGCUUUACGUUGGCUAGCAUUGAAGACCUUGAAGGUGCAUGGUUGUAACAAAGCGGAGAUACUUUUUUCACAACUUGAGAAUGAGAUGCCACUUCAUAAACAACCUUUGUUCUUGAUAGAAAAGGUACGACUCAAGAUUAUUUGUUUUGCUUCGAUGGUGAAUAUUGAAAGUGAUGAUUAA